CACCAGAAACGUUCUCGGCCGAUCAACAACCCUACCAAAUCUUAUUAUUAUGAUUACAUCUUCCUUAGUGAGUCGAAUAAAUUUUUGGUAAUGAAUUUAACCGCAAUAAGGAGAACAGCAGCAUACACAGCUGGAAUAUUAAGGAGGAACUUGAGCCAAACAUCGUCUAGGUUAAGUAGUAAAGCCUAUGACUACGAUGGCAAAACUAAAAUUGAUAUAUUCAAUACCCAACAAGAGUUAGGAAUCAUGAUCACUGGAUACAGUCAGUUCGGAUUUCGAAUGAAUAAUGAUAUGGUUGUUAUAGGACCCGUGGCGGUAUUCCCAAGGUCCCUACUGUCGUGGAAUGUAAACUCUGUAGAAGAUAUAAAUGAAGAAAGUUUAUCCUUGUUCACAGCUUUGGAACCAAAACUGGACGUUUUAAUAUUAGGAAUAGGAGACCAGACGCCUUCACCAAAUAUCUCUAAAGAAAUUUUAAGCUUUAUGAGAAAGUAUAAAAUUAAUGUAGAAGUCUUGAGAACAGAACAGGCUUGUGCUACAUUUAACUUUUUAAAUGCCGAAAAUCGUAUGGUGGCAACGGCUUUAAUACCACCACUACACAUUUCUUAUAACGAAAAUGAUAUUUUGGGCACCAGUAUACGUAAAUUUAAGGAAGGAUUUUAAAAUCUGAUGUUAUAUACUCAAAUUGUAUAGUAAAAUUGUUUCUCCUAUAUAUAUAUGCAUAUGGAUCUACUUAAGUAGAAUAAAUUUGCAUACCUGAUAUAA